AUGUUUAAUAGGUCAUUGUCAAUAGUUGGUCUACUGGUCAACAAGUCAAUGCUAAAGACAUUGACUCAAGAGUUCAAAGGUUACCUAUUCAUAAGAGAUAGGAUCAAACAUAUAAUAGACACCAACGAAUCAACAGAUAAGAAACUAGUACUACUAAGUGAGACACUUGCCAAUCAGUCACAACUACCAGAGAAGUUACAAACAUUCUUAAAGACUAAUAAGAUAGAGGUUGUUGAUCAUAAGGUUGACUUGAAUUAUAACAACUUCACUUAUGAGGAGGUGAUGAGGAGUGUGUUGCCAGAGAACUUGCCAAUACCUCAUGCAUUUGAACGCAUUGGUCAUAUAGCUCAUUUGAAUCUAAAGGCUGAACUGCUACCAUACAAGUCGGUAAUAGGUCAGAUCAUAUUGGAUAAGAAGCGCCCGCAGAUUAGGACCGUGUUGAACAAGGUGGGCAAGAUCGACACUGUGUUCCGCACAUUCAACUACGAGUUGCUGGCCGGCGAGAACGACCUCGAGGCUGAGAUCAAGGAGAAUGAUUGUCUAUUCCGAUUCAACUUUGCCGAGGUCUACUGGAACAGUCGUCUGCAGUACGAGCACACCAACCUAAUCAAGAAGUUCCGUCAGAGCGACGUCAUAAUGGACAUGUUUGCGGGCGUUGGCCCAUUCGCCGUGCCCGCCGCCAAGCUGAGCAAAUGCACAGUGUAUGCCAACGACCUCAACCCAAGCUCCGUCAAGUAUAUGCGCGAGAACGCUGCGAGAAACAAGGCGACGACAUUGGUCGAGAUUGCCAACAUGGAUGCUCGCGACUUUGUUCGCGACCUUGUCAGUCGCAACCCACCUAUCCCAUUCAACAACGUCAUCAUGAACCUGCCAUCGACAUCGAUCGAGUUCCUCGACGUCUUUAGGGAUGUGUUCCUCAAGCCAAACCAACCAGCGCCAAUCCCGCCACCAACCAUUCAUUGCUACUGCUUCAUCUCGGACAAGGACGACCUGGUUGCGGCCACUAAGCGUGCCGUCGAGGCCGUCAUCCAGCAUCCACUCCCUGCAGACACCGAGUGUAUCGAGGUCAGGGACGUGUCACCAAACAAGCGCAUGAUGAGGAUAUCAUUCAAAAUGCCAACCAUCUCUCCUGUAGUUGCAACAGAUGCUACAGCUGUUGCUCAAUCGGCGAUCGAUCAAUCAAACACAUUGAAGCGAAAGGAAUCUGUUUUAGAGGAGGACUCAUCAUCAGCGACUUCAUCAUCUUCAACUUCAACUUCAACAACAUCGACCACAUCAUCAGAGGUUGAUGAUAACAGCGUUCACAAGAAGACAAAGACUCAG